GGGGGUAGUCGAGUUCUCUAGGGCGGGUUUCAAUCUGCUAGCGCCAGUCGGCGUGUGAACGCGGCCCAAGGCACACGUGUUGAUUCCCCAACCACUUUUGGAGGGAAAACUUCGAACGAAAAAUGUACGAGUAAAAUUUUUGUGACUUAAAAUGUAAUUUCGGAACUGCAGUGAGUUUAAAGACAUGUGAAUUUUAAUGGCUGUGUUUAAAUCAUGACUUAAAUGGAUAGUUUGGUAAUUGGUGUUCAGUGAUUGUAGAAAUAAUGAAAGAGCAUUUGCUGCCAUGGAUUUUCAUCACUAUAACACUACUGGAAGCUGUGAGCGCAAGCGACAAACGGCCGCGGUUCGUCACAGAGCCGCCCGCGCGAGUUCUGUGGCCCGCCACACGCGGCGCACACGCUCUGUGCCGGGCGACAGGUCAUCCACCUCCGGACAUACAUUGGGUCACAGCUGAAGGACAACUACUCACCACUAUACCAGGAUUGAGGCACGUAUUAAGUGAUGGGAGAUUAGUGGUGGGCGCAAGAAGAUCAUUAAUGGAUGCGGGUAGUGGCGCCGGAGCCAUGUUGCGGUGCAGAGCAUCGAACAGGGCAGGCACUGUGCUAUCCAGGCCGGUGAUGCUACAACCAGUGGAGGACAACGUUUUAUCGCAUACCGCUCGUCAGCUGAUACCGGCUAAAAUUGGUGGUGCCGUGGUACUGAGGUGUGAACUGUCUCCACAAGUUGGUUUAGUGGACAUCACGUGGCUGCAGGAUGGUCUACCGUUAUCAUCAGGAUAUUUGAGUGGCGAACCUCGUUGGGUAUCUGGAGCUAGUGGCCUUCUACUCGGUCUAGAUCUGACUCAGGCGGACAUUCAGGCAGAAUAUUCAUGCGUGGCUCUCGACACUCCCAGCCCGCCUUUGAAGCUCACUACUGACGAUAGUAGCUGGUUGGAAAAUAUAGAAUUAAAUUCAGUGGAGGCUCGUGCUGGAGAUACGAUUGUACUACCGUGUAUACUGCGACAUGUCAGCGGCCAUACUGUAAGUUGGCAGCGGCAGGAAGCAUCGGGCACUUGGGCAGCAGUGUCAGCGGAGGGAACAGUUCGAGGUGGAUCCCUCGUGAUCACAUCUGCAAGAUCUCACCAUGCUGCAAGAUACGCCUGCUCCUCCAACCCAGAGUCACCAACCAGAGUUCUUGUUAAACUGGUCGUGUAUGAACCUCUGUCUGUCAGUGUCACGCCGAACCCUUUGAUGGUAGGUACAGGUGGUUCAGGCCAUCUAAACUGCUCAGUGACGGGUGGUCGUGGCGGAGGGGUCACGUUAAGUUGGCAGCACGAAGGCAGACCAUUACACGCGCCUCAGUCGCGCCUCAGUCUCGGUCCAGUUCGUUCACAUCACGCUGGUCUCUACCAAUGCACGGCACAUGACCAUUCUGACUCCGCUGUUGCUGGUGCCGAGUUAGUUAUUGCUGACAGGCCACCACGGUUAGUAUCAACGUUCAGUGGAGCGGUGACUAGGAUCGGACAGAGCAUAGUCAUUAGGUGUGCAGCGACUGGCGUGCCUUCACCCCGUAUACUCUGGACUUUAGAUGACAGACCGCUGCCAGCUGCUCCCGACAAGUAUAGCGUUAAUACAAGGGCAGAAGCAAUGCCAGGAAAUGAGGAAGGGACAAUAGUGUCCACUUUGAGUGUAACUAUUAGGACUGCGGACGAAGGAGGUAGAUACGGAUGUAAUGCUACCAACUCGCAAGGAUCUCAUGCUCAUCAAGCAAGACUGAAUGUUUAUGGUCCUCCAAAUAUCCGAUAUUUACCAGCAUUACAUGUAAAGACUGACACAGACGUGACAAUAUACUGUCCGUAUUCCGGAUACCCGAUUAAAGAAGUAGUUUGGAAACGAGAAGAUGGGUCCAUUGUAGAAAGUAUUUUAGAAUCGAAUGAUGAACGAGGAGUGCUAAGACUAAACUCUGUUCGGAGUACGGCAGCAGGAACUUAUACUUGCGAAGUCAGAGCAGAAAGUGGGGAGCUUGCUCGACGAACGGUACGACUAGACGUCCAUAAGCCACCGAAAAUAGCACCGUUUCAAUUUCCCGAGGAACUCGAAGUGGGCGGUAGUACGCAAGCAACAUGUAGCCUGAUAUCGGGAGAUAAACCGAUACAGUUCACCUGGCACAAGGAUAAUUUGCCAAUCCCUUCAAUGUUAAAGGUAGAACAAAAAAACAUGGACUUUUUCUCCCUACUCAUUAUACAAGACCUAACUUCGGCACACAGUGGCGAAUACACUUGCAGAGCUACUAAUGAUUUCGGUGCAGUUAGCCAUAGCGCUUCACUGAUUGUCAAAGAAUCGCCGACAUGGGUGUGGCGAGCACAGAACACGUCGGUGUCUGCUGGGGCGGCCCUUCUUCUACCAUGCUCAGCUAAAGGACAACCUACGCCUAGAAUCUCUUGGGAGUAUUCCACAGACGGUGAUAACUGGCGUCACGUGCUUUGGGGCCAAUCAGAGGCGACUGAUACAAGUGGGGGCUCCAUACUGAUAGACGGCACGGUGUGGUUGAGAGCAGCCAGCCCUGAGCACGAGGGCUGGUACCGAUGUACGGCGCGCGUCCAACAUUCCUUCUUACAUCAUUCGUUUUAUUUGGACGUUAGAGAACCUCCAAGACUGAGCAGAAGUGGUAGUGGUGAGACUCGAUGGGUGGUGAGAGGAACCACUGCGAGGCUCUCUUGCACUGUCAGGGGAGAGCCUGAAAUUCACGUACAUUGGACACAUGACUCCAGGCCUUUGUCUUUACAUGGCUCCGGUGGUGUGGAAAAUAGGGAGACAAGUGGUGGUGCGAUGACGUCAGAGGUGACAAUACCUCACGCGGGACCUGAACACGCUGGCGAGUAUCGAUGUUUGGCGCGUAACCUGUACGGAAGCGAUGAACUGGUGUACCGGCUUUUUGUUAAAGAGCGUCCUAGUGUACCAGAAGAAGUCCGAGUAUCCGAAGUAUGGUCCCGUAAAGCGCGCGUCACAUGGCGCGUCGCGCGAGGUGCACUCGUGUCGCACUACUCUCUGCAAUACCGCGCGUUAACGCGCGACUUGUCGCACGCGCCCCUUGAUGCACCGAUGCCAGCUCUCCUUGACAACUGGGAUACACAGGAUGUUCUCAAUCUAACACUGGCAAAUUCUGAUCUACUGCACGUAGCGUCCGAAGGGCCGGGACGUGCAGGCGCGUCUGUAGCUGGCUUGUCUCCCGACACGCGCUAUGCGAUGCGCAUGGCUGCGUUCAACGACGUCGGCGCCUCUCCAUAUACUACUCCAUUACACUUCACUACUAGAGAGGAAGCACCCGGUGGAGCACCUCGUGAUAUUACCGUGCGGGCACUUAGGGCGCGGGAACUUCACAUUACUUGGCAGCCACCACCAAGAGAAACAUGGCACGGUACCCUCCUAGGAUAUACCAUUCGCUGGUGGGAAGUCUCAGAAGAGGGGAAGGGUACAUUGAGUGAUAGUCCAGGGUCGGAGUCGGGAGCCAGUGCUGAUGCCACCAGUACCACGCUGCGAGGAUUGAAGGCUGCCACGAGAUAUGGUAUAACUGUGAGAGCGUACAACGCAGCUGGUACAGGACCAUUGUCACCACCACAUUAUCGACAUACUUUGGAGUCACCUCCAACUGGUAGUCCAGAAGGUGUAACCUGCAUAUCGAGUGGGUCCACAUCACUACGAGUGUCAUGGCGGCCGCCGGGCGUCGAAAACAGAGGAGGGCUCAUAACUCACUAUACUUUACAAUACACGCGACGAGAUGCCGAUCCAAUGCUGCCCACACAAGACGCGUAUUUGAGGAUACAGGGUGAAGAAUCAACAGUUUCACGAUUGACGCCGUACGCUGAAUACGAAAUCCGAGUGAGGGCGCACAAUGCUGCAGGGGAUGGUCCUCUAUCCGCCCCACAAGUUUGUAGGACUGAUGAAGAUGUGCCCAGUGCUCCUGGAGGGUUGAAAUUGAUAGCUCUGGGCGAAAGGUCACUGAGGGCCUCGUGGCUACCUCCUCCGGAACCCAACGGAAAACUCACGCACUACACUCUGUAUGUCAAGGAUCUAUCGGGGUCACAAGAACCCAACGUGACCCGUGUGAAUGCGUGCACAGAAGUCGAAGGAACGACUACGGAGUGCAUGCGCACUAUGCGUGGUCUCCGUGCAGGUCGCACGUACGAAGCGUGGGUUCGCGCUGCCACUGCCGCUGGGGAAGGUCCACCAUCACCUGCCGUCGCUUGCCAGACCAGCUCGUUGGCACCGGGUCGUAUCUCGUCAUUUGGUGGCGUGGCACUGGGUGCGGCGGGCGGGUCGCUGUCACUUCGAUGUGUAGUGGGUGGUGCACCGCCUCCCGCCAAACGAUGGCUCCGAGCUGGUGCACCACUGCAUCCCCGACCACCCUUCCAUCUUGAUGGAGAUGCACUGCUUAUACGAGGUUUAGAGUUAUCACACGCCGACAACUACACAUGCGUGGCUGAGAAUCCACAUGGUUCCGACUCGGCAACAUGGAGAGUGAUAGUAUUGAGACCGCCGGCACCACCAGGGCUAGCGUUACUUGAAGCGAGGUCCAGGGAACUAGAGCUUGAACUACGGCCAGCGCCAAGAUCACCUGGACAUGCCAUCCCUAAAACUUACAGCUUACAUUGGCGGUUAGCAACACCAGAGGGUGAAUGGCGGAUUCAAUUAGCCACUCCUGGCCCAGUAACAUUAUCUGGCCUUCGUUGUGGUUCCGCAUACAGAGCUUAUGGUUCCGCUGGAGGUGCUCCAGGGUCUGAAUUGGCUGUUAGGACUUCUGGAGGUCCACCCACUGCGCCUCCAGAUGCAAGAUGGAUAAGAGCUAACGCCACCCAUGCGAGGUUUGAUACCAGUGCGUGGGGUGAUGGUGGCUGUGGACCAGUUGCUUUGAAGCUGGAGUGGGCAGGAUCUGGAGUAGCAGGCGCUCGGGACGUGCCUGUAGGAGGAGAAGUUAUAUUAGGAGGUCUAUCGCCGGGCUCUCGCUACCGAGUUGCAGCGCGAGCGUCGAACGAAGCAGGUUGGACGCGUGAAGUAUUUGAAUUCGCGACGCAAGCGGCUGACGGCCAUCUUGCGGAAGAAGUUGACGCGCCGUUCCCGGCUACUGCGGGGGAACUCGCUCUAUUACUUGCAUUAUGUGCUGCAUUGUCACUGGCCGCACUUACUAUACUAGCCAUACUAUUGAGGAGGAAAAGGACUGAAGGGGCUGUAGCUCGAGUGUCUACUAAUGCCGAGAAGCCAGCUUGCGGCACUUACAGAGCACCUCAACAUCAAGCCACGAAAUUACCCCCAGAUCCGCCAGAUGUGUACGAGAUAAGUCCAUACGCGACGUUCGCGGGCGGCGCGGGCGCGGUGUCGGGGAGCGGCGCGCGCGCGUACACGCUGCAGCUACGCGCGCUCGCGCGACACGACGACGACGCCGCGCCGCCGCAACACCCUACCUGCUGCGACGAAGAAACGUGCGUAGACGCAUGCGACGCUCAGCGGCGACGGAGACGCCGACGACAUUAUUGCCCGGACCACGGUUGCUCACAAGAUUCAGGAAGUUGAGAAACGAAACUGCCAAACUGUUUAGUGAAAAGUAUCUAGUCAGUGUAAUAUUAUAGUUAAUUCGGUUAUACAUAUUAAUAUGUAUACAAAAAUUUAUACAAUAAUAUUGUCUAUUUAUAUUACGAUGUUUUUCUUAAUUCUACCUAUUUUCCCGAAAUUUUCAAUAAAAAGAUAAUGUGACACAUUAUUUAUGUUCGUAAUUAUUUUCCUUUUAAAAGUAUCCUUUAAACGCAUCAGUAACACAAAAAAGCAGAUAACAAUACCUAUAUAUAAUCUGAAAAUUUUAAUAAAUUGAGACUACAAAAUGCCCAUUCGUAG